UCAGAGUUUCCGUCUGUUUGAGAGAUUUUGAGAAAUUAUAACAAGAAAGACAUCAUCUUGUAACCUAAAAGCAGAUGGAAUCAUUGAUUGAUUGGAGUGAACCCAUAUCAGAUCAGAAACAUGCAGAGAUUAGAAUUAUUUGAGGGGUUUUUCACUUGAAGACUUCAAUUUGGUGUUUCAGGUUUAACCAAUUGCACCUGAAGAGUUUCUACUCAUCAUCCAUUUCUACACUCUCAAAGGUACUACUUAUUUUUCCAUCUUUUGAUUCAGGGGUUUUCGAAUUACAAAUUUUGGGGGUCUUCUUAGAUUUAUUGUUCAAUUUUAGGUUAACAAUGGAAGAAAUAAGAAAUGAACCAUGUUCUGAUAGGGAAGAUAGAAUCAGUAGGUUGGAAGAUGCAUUGAUUCACUACAUCCUGUCUUUCAUUGAUCCUAAAUAUGCAGUACAAACCAGUGUCUUAUCGAAACGAUGGAUUGAUAUCUGGAAAUCUCUCACUUUUCUAAGCUUCUAUAGGAGUUCAUUUUCACAAGACAAAAAAGAUAGUUUUGUAAUGUUUGUUGACAUGGUAUUCAUUUUUCGCCGGAAAGACAUUGAUGUUCAGAGGUUUCGUUUGGAUUGGAGUGACUCAGCGUAUGAUGAUUCAGUGACAGUACAUGUUAAUAGAUGGUGCCUUAAUGCUAUUGGGUAUAAUGUUCAAGAAGUAAGAAUAUUAAUCACUCAGUUUUAUAAUUCGGCAUAUGAAUUUCCUCACCGUCUCUUUAAUUGUAAAUCACUGAGAAUGUUGGUAAUAGAAGUGUGUGGUAAUGCCAGAUAUGUAGAUGUUAUUCUACCAAGAUCAAUGAAUUUACCUCAGCUUAAAGUACUGGCCUACUGUGGAUUAUCAAUCUCCGGUGUAGAAUUUUCUAAAAGUCUCUUUCCAAGUUGUCCAGUUCUUGAAACGUUACACGUAGUUGAUUUUGAUAUACACAAUGAUAAAGGAAGGAAUUUGAUUGUUGUUUUUCUCUCAGCCUUAAGGAGUUUAAGUAUGCUUUUAGACAUCUUUUGCAGCAAAAUGAUAGUAUGGUUAACAUUGUCAAAUUAUCUGCUCCAAAUCUGGCAGCAUUCACUUGGAGAUUUUUCUUGACACACUAUUAUUCUCUAGAAAAUUGUUCUCCACUAUCCCAAGUACAUUUUGACACGAGACUUAAAGAAGAAAAAGAAGAAGGUGAUGAUGAUGAUGAUGAGGAGGAGGAGGAUGCUGAUACCUAUUUGAAUCUGCCUUCAAAAGAGAAAGUUGUGUAUGCUAAACAUAUGAUGAAAUUACUAGGAGCGGUUUGCAUGGUGAAAAAAAAUGAUAUUAUCACCUGGUUUCCUUGAGGUUCUUUCUCAAGCUCCUGACUUAUUAAACUGUCAACCACCUCGCUUAUGUAGUCUAGAAUCUUUAAUGCUGGAAAUUUGGUCUACAAGAAACAGCUUGCGCUCAGUAGCAUACUUACUCAAGAUUUCUCCUAGUAUUACUGAUCUUUUCCUUCAAUCCAUGGAGACAAAUUUAGCGUAUAUUGGAGCUGAUUGGGAAGCAGGAUUGUCAUCCCCGGAAAUGUUGUCUUACCUUUGGUUUGUCGAGAUUUAUGAUGUGGAAGCAUGUGAUGCUAAGUUCAAACUUCCGGCUUUUUUGUUGAAAAAUGCAAAGGUCUUGGAGCAGGUUGAUGUAAUCUUUUCGCGUUCUAGUUUUGGUUCGCGUGCUAGCAAGGGACAAGUUGAGCUAUUUAUAAAAAAGCUAAGAGCAGUUCCUACAGCUUCUUCAAGUAUCAACUGGCAGUUUAUGAGAACUUAGUAGGUGAUAUUGUGAGCUUUUUACUAGAGAACCUGCAACCAAAAGUAGUCAGAUAAUAAUGGAUAACUCUAUACUCAGCCAAGAAGCAAGAGACUUUCCUGCGAACUCAUGUAAUUUGGUGUUUCCUCUUGUUUUUGCAGUAUAUAUGUCUUCUUCAAAAUAUAUAGUUAUUGAAAUGUCUAUUUGAGACUUAGUUAAAUGUUAUAUGCCCGUACUUUAAUGCUAAUUGUCUUAUCUUUUGUUUACAAUGACUUUAAGUAUAGGCUGAAUGAUUUUCAUGGAAGUCUGACCAAUAUG